CAAUAUCACUAUAACACUUACUGAUAUAACAAAACUUUCAAAACUUACGAGAAUGAUGGAGUGGUUUAGCGUUGCAUGUUGGAGGGUUGUGGAGGUUGUCAGGUCUGGGAUUAGGACUGUCCUCAGUGUCUUCGGGCUCACGGUGAUGCCCGAAGACAGGCCAACUUUUGAUUCCGAGGUUAAAGAGGAGUUUCGAGGACCACUAUCUAGUGGUGAGGAGGUUACAGUAGAGGUAGACAGGGAGGUUAUCACAGCUGCACCUGUGAUUGCAGAUAGCCCAGUGGUUAUCGCAAUUUGUCCUGUAGGUGAGUUGUUCCCUGCGGCUGUCCAUCCUGAUCAGGUAGAGGAUCCUUCUGAGGUAGGGCCAUUGAUUACUGAGGUUGAGGCUCCGCACCUGCCCAACCUGGGAGAUGAGGUAACACCCGGUGUUCUGUCGGGAACAGGUAGACCCCGAAGGACCCGUAGACCCAGUCCCAUUCCUGCGGGAUCAAGUAGACCCCAAAGGACCCUUAGACCCCGUCCCAUUCCUUCGGGAUCAAGUAGAUCCCAAAGGACCCUUAGACCCCGUCCCAUUCCUUCGGGAUCAAGUAGAUCCCAAAGGACCCUUAGACCCCGUCCCAUUCCUGCGGGAUCAAGUAGAUCCCAAAGGACCCUUAGACCCCGUCCCAUUCCUGCGGGAUCAAGUAGACCCCAAAGGACCCUUAGACCCCGUCCCAUUCCUUCGGGAUCAAGUAGACCCCAAAGGAACCUUAGACCCCUUCCCAUUCCUGCGGGAUCAAGUAGACCCCGAAGGACCCAUAAACCCAUUAGCGUCAUGCAGGUCAAUCCUAGUCUCAACACUUAUUUGUUCACUAGUCCGAAGUUCUAGACCGUGGCAGUUUUAUAUUAUAUUAGUUACUUUUGUUUAUGCAUGUAUAUUAUUAUUUUGAAUAUUGUAAUUGUUUUUUGUAAAGCAAAUUUUUUCUGCUCAUAAAUCAAAAAUUCAAAUGAAGUUUGCUAUAAAAAAUAAUGUAAAAUUAUUAGUCUGGGCUGGAAAGGAACAUGGUAAAGGCAAAAGCAUCAGUGCAGUAUCUUUGAUUGAGAGUGAAAUAGUACUGUCUGACUCAUCAUGGGUUUCUGCUCAUUUAUGGGUAAAUGCUUGUUAUAACUUGAUGGAAAGAUGGUUAGAGAGUUAGUAGUCUGGUUAUGAUAAGUGUUUGUGCAUGUUUGAAUGGUAACCUGUGUUGACCAGUCAUUUCUGUUUUAACUCAAUCAGGAUCAAUGUACUGUUGUUGAUGUCUUAACCAUGUGCUUGUCUGUACUGUGUGGCCUUUUUCUGUCUUUAAAACAAUUUAAACUUUUUUUGGUAAAUGAUUUUUUCUUUUCAAAAUUGACAUUAAUUGAAGCUAAAUUUUAGAAAUUGUAAAACUUAAUAAUUUAAGUAAGUCAUAAAUCUUUUAGUAAUUUUAGUAAGUCGAAAUUCUCUAUUUUUCUUUUUUUUGCAUACCAGAUGAGUUUUUCAUUAAUUAUUUUUAUAAUUUUCAAGUUAAGUUUCAUUGCCUAAGUUAAGUUGUAUACAUUUUGUUUCUUAUGUUAUUUACUUAAUUUUGUCUUUGACCUACUUUUUCAUUCAAUGAGAAAUAGGAAAAUGAAAAUGCAGUUUUUUUGUUAACAGCCUUUAACAGUGUUUGUGUAACUGAUUUUUUGCAUUUUAACUUGUGUAUUUAAAUAAGCUGCUCGGGCACUUUAAAUGUAGGACACAUCAAUUUAGAGAAAUGCUGUUAAGAAAUGAUGAAAUGCUUUGAAUAGCUAUAGUAUGUUGCCCUGCUACCUACUUGUAGUUGUUUUUAUCAUUGAAUUCUUUCUUAAUCAGCAAUUCUAACUAUUACAAAAUUUAUUUAUUUUUUUAUAAAAAUUUGGAAGUUUCUGAGUUACCCUUUGCAUAUAUUUUGUCUCACAGCACUCGUGUAUGAAAAGUAGGACAAAGACUAGAACAGAUGCUAUUUAACUAAAAGAUUAAACACUAUGAACAACUAAGUAUAGUCUGUUGCUCCCAUCUCUCCUUUUAGCUGUUUAUUUUGUUUGAUUUUUUUCUUAUUAGCAUCUGCUUCUAACACAUGUUUAUAUAAAAAAUACAAAAAAAAAAAAAAAAAAAAAAAAAAAAAAAAAAAAAAAAAAAAAAAAAAAAAAUACUGUGCAAACUCUGUAGAGCCCCUUUGGAAGCUUUACAUUAUAGGCUUAAUUCACUUUUGUUAGUAAAACUUAAAAUUGUUAAUUUAGAAAAAGGUUAUUGCUUUUCCAUCUUCCAAUGGCCACUCUACAGAGCUUCCAUUGUAUAAAAAAAAAAAAAAAAAAAAAAAAAAAAAAAAAAAAAAAAACUUUGCUUGUUAUUGCAUGUGUAUAUUCUUAUUUAUUUGCAUCCAUUUUUAUGAUUUUGACAUCCGCAAUAGAGAUUUUCGCUGUAACUCGUCCUCGGUAAACACAUUUUGUUUAAGUAAUUUCUGCAUCCGCUAUGGAACAUAUCCUCGGUAAACACAUUUUGUUUAAGUAAUUUCUGCGUCCGCUAUGGAAUUUUUCCUUCAUAUACACAUUUUGCGUUUAGUAAUUUCUGCAUCCGCUAUUGAACUCAUCCUUGGUAACACAUUUGUUUAAGUAAUUUCUGCGUCUGCUAUGGAACUUAUCUUCGGUUAAUACAUUUUGCUUUUAGUAAUUUCUGCAUCCGCUAUAGAACAUAUCCUCGGUAAACACUUUUUGUUUAAGUAAUUUCUGCAUCCUCGGUUAACACAUUUUGUUUAAGUAAUUUCUGCAUCCGCUGUGGAUCUUUUCCCUUCAUAAACACAUUUUCCAUUAAGUAAUUUCUGCAUCCUCUAUUGAACUCGUCCUCGAUAACGCAUUUGUUAAAUUUAUUUCUGCUUCGGUUAUGGAAUUUAAUCCUCGGUAACACAUUUGUUUAAGUACUUUCUGCAUCUGCUAUGGAACUUAAUCCUCGGUAACACAUUUGUUUUAGUAAUUUCUGCGUUGGCUAUGGAACUUAUCCUCGGUUACACAUUUGUAAUAGUAAUUUCUGCGUCUGCUAUGGAACUUAUCCUCGGUAACACAUUUGCUUAAGUAAUUUCUGCGUUCGCUAUUGAACUCGUCUUCAGUAAACACAUUUUGCAACUGCGAUAGAAUGUAUCAGCCAUAAAUACAUUUGGUUAAGUUAUUUCAUUUCUGCGUCUGCUAAUUUAGAACAUUUUAGUGUCUGCUAUAGAAUUAUCCUUGGUUAUCAUAUUCAAUACAGUCAUUUGAGUAUCAGCCUUAUAAAUUUUCUUCAAUAAAUACAUUUGUAUUAGUUAAACUUCUGCAUCCAUUUUAUAAAAACUUUCAUAAGUAGAGACAUUUAUUAUAGUUAAUAGAAAUUUUUUUAGUAAACGCAAAUUUUCAGUAGGAAACAUUUGUAAUAAUGAUUUUGGUGUCUGUAAUAACAGUUUUCUUUAGUAGACACUAAUAUGUUAAAGAUAUUUCAGCUUCCACUAUAGAUUAUAAGUUUUCUAAUAAAAAUUACCAAGCACAAACACCAAAGGAAAACUAACAAAACUAUUUCCUUUGCAUAUAACAUACUAAUUUGUUACUUCUGCUGUAAAACACAUUUUGUUUAGGUAAUUUCUGCAUUGGCUCUGGAAAUUAUUCUCGGUAAACGCAUUUUGUUUAACUAAUUUCUGCAUUCGCUCUGGAACUUAUUCUCGCGAAACGCAUUUUGUUUAGUAAUUUCUGCAUUCGCACUGCAACUUAUUCUCGGUAAACGCAUUUUGUUUAAGUAAUUUCUGCAUUCGCUCUGGAACUUAUUGUCGAUAAACGCAUUUUGUUUAAGUAAUUUCUUCAUUCGGUCUGGAACUUCUUCUCGGUCAACACAUUUUGUUUAAGUAAUUUCUACAUUCGCUCUGGAACUUAUUCUCGGUAAACGCAUUUUGUUUAAGUAAUUUCUGCAUUCGCUCUGGAACUUAUUCUCGGUAAACGCAUUUUGUUUAAGUAAUUUCUGCAUUGGCUACAGAUUUUAUUCUCGGUAAGCGCAUUUCGUUUAAGUAAUUUCUGCAUUCGCUUUUCAACUUAUUCUCGUUAAAUGCAUUUUGUUUAAGUAAUUUCUGCAUUCGCUACGGAUUUUAUUAGCGGUAAACACAUUUUGUUUGAGUAAUUUCUACAUUCGCUCUGG